AUCAAUCCGAGUUCUUUAUUACGAUUACGAAGUGUUGACGAUUCGAUUGACGAAUUCUCAUAAUUCUUUAAACAUGCACCUAAUUUAAUUAGUUUCUUAUUAAUCGACUACUGUUUUGUAUGUCAGCAUACCAUAGUUUCUUAGUGUAAUCCUAAGUAUCCUGAUCAUAUUGUAACAGCCUACGAGUAUAUUGUGCGUUUGAAAGCCAUUCGUAGCAUAUGCAGUAAUUUUUGAUAAUCUUUUUCACACUCUUACGUUCUGAUAAUUUCAUAUUUUUCUACGUUCAUUCUUUUCAUUUGGAACCGAAUUCAUCCACAAGUUACAUGUACGUAGAACCAUGAAGUCAUAAUAUUAGUUCUUCUCUUCUCUAUCAGCUCGAUAAUGGAUCAUAUAGCUGAAGCGAACGUAGAUCAAGCGUACGAUUUAAGUGCUUCCAUCAGCGAAACAACUGGAUACAAUAACUACAGCGAGUAUUUAUCACCGGAUAGUUCGAUCAGUGAAUUAUAUUCGACAGCUUCGACGUUCUCAGACAUGUUUUUCCCCGGAGAAGACGACAGCGACCCCGAUUUGGGUGAAUUCGAUAAAAACCUGCCUCACACGGUAACUUUACUCAAAACACAAGAUGGAGCUAGAGUUUACGUGCUCGGUACUGGGCAUUUUAGCGUCGAGAGUCAAAAUGACGUGUCCAAGGUUAUGCAAGCUGUAAAACCUCAUAUUUUAGUCGUAGAAUUAUGUCCGGAUAGAGCUAACGUUAUGCAAAUGGACGAAGAGACUAUAGUUAAAGAAGCGAAAGAUCUAUCACUGGAAAAAUUGAAGUCAAUUUUCAAAGAAACCGGUGUCUUUCAAGGUAUAAUAUACGUUUUACUGCUGAAACUAUCUGCCAGUUUGACCAUCAAUCAUGGUAUGGCACCAGGAGGCGAAUUUCGAAGAGCUCUAAAAGAAAUGGUAGAGUUGAAGAAAUGCUUCCUAUGUUACGGCGAUAGACCACUAAGAAUCACCAUGAAAAGAGCUUUAUCGAAGCUCAGCUGGUGGCAAUCGAUUUGUAUGUUUUGUAAUUUACUCUUCUCCAAGGCAGACAUAAGCGCCGAAGAAAUAGAAAAAUGUAAACAGAAAGAUAUUCUGGAAGAACUGAUGGCCAAGUUACUAGCCGAUUAUCCAGAUCUAUCUCACGUUCUGGUCAACGAACGCGAUAUCUUUCUGACCCAUUCGUUGCAAUUGGCAGCCGAAAAGCAAAUUAAUAUCGCCGGAAGAGGUCGUGUUCCUACAAGAGUAGUUGGUAUCGUUGGUAUCGGUCAUUGCUCCGGUAUUACUAAAUUAUGGGGCAAAGUUAAACCCGAAGAUAUUCCUCCGUUGCUCGUAAUUCCAGAACCAUCGAGAAGUGAUAUUAUUAUCAAGAGAACUUUCAAAAUAAGCUUCGUAUGUUUAGGUUUAGUUGGUAUCUACUACAUCGUUCCGUUCCCCAAAUCGUGGUCGUCUUCUGUCAAAUCUGCCUGUUCUUCGUUAAUUUCUAAGAUUUCAUUAGCAGUGAAAAAUUAAACGAAAAUGGAGAACGACAACGACAACGAUAACGACAACGAUGACGAAACCCUGAUCGACGACUACGACCACACGACCCCAGACAUCUUCUACGUACCGACCAGUAUACCAGGCAAAGGCUGCGAUCUGAACAUAUUCG